CAGUCAAAGUCUUAACCAUGCAUGCAGCAAUGUCAUUGGUCAGAAAACUCUAUGGUCCUGUGCUACGCCGCUACACCAUAUCAUCAUCACCAAUCUCUUACAAUAAUAAAACCAGACAUCAUCAUUUUUCAGAGCUAGUUCACUCCAUGGCGAAGCCAGUGUCCAUUGAGGUGUGGAACCCAAGUGGCAAAUACAGAGUUGUCAGCACUAAACCAAUGCCUGGUACUCGUUGGAUCAACCUUCUCAUCCAGCAAGAUUGUCGCCUUGAAAUAUGUACUGAGAAGAAAACAAUACUGUCAGUUGAAGAUAUCAUUGCUUUGAUUGGUGAAAAGUGUGAUGGAGUUAUAGGACAGCUGACUGAAGACUGGGGAGAAGAGUUGUUCUCUGCCUUGAGCAGGGCAGGAGGGAAAGCUUUCAGUAAUAUGGCUGUUGGUUACAAUAAUGUGGAUGUCAAUGCUGCAAAUAAGUAUGGUGUUGCUGUUGGAAAUACCCCUGGAGUUCUCACAGAGACAACAGCAGAACUGGCAGCUUCACUGACUUUGGCAGCUGCGAGAAGGAUAGUUGAGGCAGAUGAGUUCAUGAGGGCAGGAUUAUAUGAUGGAUGGCUACCUCAUCUAUUUGUUGGAAACUUGCUCAAGGGACAAACAGUUGGUGUUAUUGGAGCUGGCCGCAUUGGAUCAGCUUAUGCAAGAAUGAUGGUUGAAGGGUUCAAGAUGAAUCUAAUUUACUACGACCUCUACCAGUCUACACGACUAGAAAAGUUUGUGACAGCUUAUGCUGCAUUCUUGAAAGCAAACGGUGAAACACCGGUGACUUGGAAAAGGGCAUCAAGCAUGGAUGAGGUCCUCCAGGAGGCUGAUAUAAUUAGUCUUCAUCCUAUCUUGGAUAAAACCACCUAUCAUCUAGUCAACAAGGAAAGGCUAGCUAAGAUGAAGAAGGAAGCAAUUCUUGUGAACUGCAGUAGAGGGCCUGUUAUUGACGAAGCUGCACUUGUAGAGCAUUUAAGGCAGAACCCAAUGUUUCGAGUAGGACUUGAUGUGUUUGAGGAAGAGCCCUACAUGAAACCUGGGCUUGCAGAGUUGAAGAAUGCUAUUGUGGUACCUCACAUUGCAUCUGCUUCCAAGUGGACCCGUGAAGGAAUGGCUACACUAGCUGCUCUAAAUGUGCUGGGAAAGAUUAAGGGCUACCCAGUUUGGUUUGAUGCUAAUAAGGUGGAACCCUUCCUUGAUGAGAAUGCUCAACCUCCGGCUGCAAGCCCAAGCAUUGUUAACGCAAAAGCUCUGGGUUUGCCAGUUUCAACUUCAAAGCUAUAGGCAUACUUGCUUGUAUCCUACACAAGGGCCUUCAAUUGCAAAAGUACCUAUUUUUGUGUGUUGAGUUGGGCUCUGUUGGCAUGGAAAUGUGGAGUAUACCUGAGCUAUAUGGCUAGUCCAUGCUUUUGUAUAUGUAGAGUGCUGGUGGAAGCAUGAAUAAUAUAGUCUUUAGAUACUGUCUCGUUAAUAUUAGCAUCAUGUGAAUUUAAUUAAACAUGUGGUUUGAAUUUUUAUUCAAAAUUAAUGAACUUAUACCUGAGGAUUCAUCUCAA